ACUCCAUUUUCCCCCCUUUUCACCCCCCACCCCCCCACAUUCGUUGUCCCAAAAUGGGCAGACAACGGUUUCUGUUCCUCGGCCCUCCAACACGACAGCCUCCUAAGAUCGCCUGAAGUGCGGGUUUUCUUUUUUCGUGGGGGGUGGGUUGCGUGUCUGUGGGGGGGUGCGCGUCGCAUUUGCGUUUUUUUUAGCUCUUCAGUCCUUUAGGAAUGAAAUGACUUGUUUCCGUUGUACUUGAGUCUUACGAAAAAGUGCCCACAGUUUAGCGACGGUUUCCAAAGGCUUUACAGUACCACCUGUAUUUCACAAUGGGAGACCCAAACUCCCGGAAGAAACAAGCUCAGAACAGACUUCGGGCUCAGCUUCGAAAGAAAAAAGAAUCUCUAGCUGAUCAGUUUGACUUCAAGAUGUACAUUGCCUUUGUCUUCAAGGAGAAGAAGAAGAAGUCAGCGCUCUUCGAAGUGUCCGAAGUGAUCCCAGUGAUGACAAACAAUUACGAAGAGAACAUUCUGAAAGGGGUGCGGGAGUCCAGCUAUUCCUUGGAAAGCUCCCUGGAGCUUCUGCAGAAGGAUGUGGUGCAGCUCCACGCUCCUCGCUACCAGUCCAUGCGCAGGGAUGUAAUUGGCUGUACUCAGGAGAUCGAUUUCAUUCUCUGGCCUCGGAAUGACAUUGAGAAGAUUGUCUGUCUCCUGUUUUCUAGGUGGAAGGGAUCCGAGGAACCCUUUAGGCCUGUCCAGGCCAAGUUCGAAUUUCAUCAGGACGACUACGAGAACCAGUUUCUGCACGCACUGACCCGGAAGGACAAGACUGGAAUCGUCGUCAACAACCCGAGCCAGUCGGUAUUCCUCUUCAUCGACAGGCAGCACUUGCAGACUCCAAAAAACAAAGCCACAAUCUUCAAGUUAUGCAGCGUUUGCCUGUACCUGCCUCAGGAGCAGCUGACCCACUGGGCGGUGGGCAGCGUGGAGGAGCACCUCCGCCCUUACAUGCCCGAGUAGGGCUCCGGCCGGCAGCCCCCGGGGCCCCUCGCGGAGCGGGCAGCGGCCUCUUCCUCGUCCCCUCCCGUCACGGUCCAGAAGAAAACAGGACUCACGCACAGAACACUAUGUAUGCAUUGUGAAACGCGUUCAUCCCGGAUCCUGGUUUGUUCCUUCCUCGUCCCCCCCCCCCCCUUUUUUUUUUUUGCGUUCUCCCC